AUGACUACCUUCGUUAAACAAAACAAGUCUGUACCUGUGCUUCUUGGAUGUAAGUUGUGUUUCUGUACUCCAUUUACCCUAUCCUACACAACCCUACCAUACCGUACUAUACCAUACCCUACUCUACCCUACCCUACACUUCCCUAUCCUAAACUACCCUGACCUACCCUACCCUACUCUACUCUACCCUGCCCUGCCCUGCCCUGCCCUGCCCGAUUAAAAUUGUACCACUUUCAGUCGCCAUAGCCCUAGUUCUAGUAAUAAUCGGGCUUGUGUUGUAUAUAUUACUGUCAUUCAACACCAGUAACCUUUUACCUCUGCCACCUCCAGACAAAAUAGGAUACGUGUUAACCCAACGAAAUGACACUUAUACUGUGCCAUUUGUCAUGAUAGCUGAUCAAGACAAACGGUCAAAAAUUCAAAAAGGCUUCUAUCGGUCACCGUCCAUCCGCGGGUACUUGAAUUACAAUUUGGUAAGUUAGGGUAGGGUAGGAUAAGGUAGAGUAGGGGAGAAUAGGGUAGAGUAGGUUAGGGUAAAGUAGAAUAGAGAAAAGUAGAGUACUGUAGCGUAUGGUAAGGUAGGUUGGCUAGCGUGGAGUGUAGUAGUGUAGGGUGGAGUAAGGGAGAAUAGGGUAGAGCAAAGUAGGGUAGGUUACGGUAUUUUUUACCCAAAAUAAUUACAGAAAACCUUAAACUUUAACAUAUCAUACGACUAUGAGUACAACUAUACAUCAAACUAUGGUUUUUCUGACAAAGGAAUGGAGCUGUCUGAUCUAAAAUACUAUAAAGGAUAUCUGAUUGCCCCUGAUGACAAAACUGGGAUAUUGUUCAAGUAGGUUUAAACAAAGUUUUAAUUUAAAAAACUUUAAUUAAAAUGGUUAAGCUAGAUUUCGUAUUUUAAAAACCAAUAACUUUCAGAUUAUCGCCAUCCAAAGCUAUCCCGUGGGUCGUGAACGCCGAUGGAAAUGGUCUUUCAGACAUGUGUAAGUUAAUAAAACGGGCAAAAAUAAGACAAGGUAGAUCCUUAAGAGCCAGUAUAUAGACAAGCUAGAUAUCUGUAACAUUUUUCGACGAAUAUAAAGCCAAUUUGAAUUAGCAUUCAACUAAAAAGUCGAUUUUCAGCGUUCAAAGCCGAAUGGAUAACAGAGAAAGACGAUCUACUUUACAUUGGAAGUCAUGGUACUGAACAAGUAAUGAGAAAAAAUGAAAGUAUACUCGAUGAAAAUAGAAUGUGGAUCAAGGUAAGCAUAGUGCUAUACAUUUCUUACAAUAAUAUUGAACAGCAACUCGAAUUUUUAAAUGUUAGGCAAGAAAACCUAUGUUAUUAUCACAAAAUUGAUCAUAACUCAGAAACUCGUCCAAAACCAAACCCAAAACUAAUUUUAAAAAAUACUUCAAAAUCUAAACCUUUAUAUAAUUACAGAUAGUCAACUACGAUGGCCAUGUAGAACACGUAAAUUGGCGUGACAACUACAUGGCCCUUCGGGAAGCCAUGAACGUGACCUUCCCCGGCUAUAUGGCUCAUGAAAGCUGCCAAUGGUCCCAAUUACACAAAAAAUGGGUCUUCUUACCUCGACGACUCUCUCAUGAAGUUUUUCAUCCCAUCCAAGACGGCUUUCGAUCCACCAAUGUUUUGUUAAUCGCCGACGAAUACUUUGGCAACAUCCAGGUGGUGGAAAUCGGAAAAGUUGAACCAGUUCGUGGAUACAGCGCUUUUCAAUUUGUACCAAGUAAGCAAAUGUUCUAAAUAUAUUAUUUUAACAAUGUUUUUAAUUACAGAAACAUAUCUAGAAAAAGAACGAAGAUACCGUGCUUUAAAAUUAUAUUAUUCAUGUCCAGAAUUAAUAUAACGUUUCGUUGGUAAAAAUAUGAAUAAGUAAUGACUUCUGGUGAAAAACAAUUCCAAAUGCCAUACUUUAUAAGUUCUAACAAUUCUAAACUUGUACCUAGAAAAAGAAGGAAGAUAUCACGCCUCAAACUUAUAUUAUCCAUGUUUCAGAUACCCAAGACCGCAUAAUUUUCGCUUUAAAAACUGUAGAAGCGAAAGAUUUACCUCUAGAAACUUACGCGACAAUCUUCGACAUCCAGGGCAAUGUUCUACUGCCUGACACACUAGUUCCAUACGAAUACAAACUGGAAGGACUUGAGUUCUUCGACUAUAAUCAAGCUGAAUGGCUAUAA